AGCCGGACGAGUCCUGGGAGGAGGUGAGCAUGCCGGCGAUCCGUAUCAUCUGCGAUCCGGCGGCGCGUACCUGGCGCCGCGUCGUCUGGCUGCUGCUGCUGGCGCUGUCGGUCGCCGCGCUCGUUUACUCCGUCAACGAGCGGCUCGGCUACCUCUUCGCCAACCCGAUCCAGAUGAACGUCAAGCUGCUGGUCAACCGCACGCUCUACUUCCCCGACCUCACGCUGUGCAACAAGAACACCUUCAACCUGAGCGCCGUCGAGCGCCUGUUCGCCGAGAUGCUGAGCGAGACGGGCAGGGGUCCGAAGGAGUUCGGCCUGGCGGAGUACAACCGGGAGCGGCCGGCGCCCGCACACGCCCGCCGCAUGCUGGCCUCGCUGGUCGGACACCGUAACCGGACGGCGGCAGACGUGUGGCGGCUGACGCAGCACCAGCUCCGCCGGCUGCUGGCGCUGGACCAGUCGCCGCACGGGCAGCCAGAGUGCUUCUUCGGCCGCGGCAUACAGUGCUUCGACGUCGGCAACUGGCGGGAGGUGGUCACCGUGGACGGCAUCUGCUGGACGUACCACAACAACAACAGCAUGAAGCAAACGGGUGUCUACAACCACCUGUACCUGCAGCUGCUGGACCCGGAGCCGUCAGAGAGGCAGGUGUUUGGCGGCCCGGGGUUCCAGCUGCUGCUGCACGAGGCGCGCGACGACCCGCGCGUGGCCGUGCACAGCCGCGGCUUCCUGGCCGAGCCAGGCCGCGCCACGGACGCCGAGGUGUUGCUCGAGGAGGUGAUCAACAUUCCCACGCCGGCCGAGUAUGGUCGCGCCACGGAGCAGCUCGAGCGGCUGCUGGCCGACUGGACCGGCGGCCGCUGCAGCUGCCUCUCCUCCUGCCGCUAUAUCCACUACGAACAUAUCGUGGACAAGAUCAAGUACGAGCGACCGACGGCGCGCACGCGCGUCUUCUACAACCACCUGUUCUUCGAGCAGCGCGCCGAGGAGUUCAGCUACAGCACAUGGAAGAUGGUGUGCGACAUCGGCGGCUCGCUGGGCUGGACGUGCUCGGCCUCCAUCCUGACCGUGUUCGAGAUAGCCGAGGUGAUUUACGGCAAGUACCGGGCCCGGCGGGCGGCCGGCAACGCCGCCUGCUGAGCUCCGCCGUGCCUUCGUUCGCCACGGCCGGCCGGUCGCCAUCAGCGGACGACAGCGGUGGUGACAUCCGGACGACAGCGAUGGUGACAUCCGGACGACAGCGGUGGUGAUGUCCGGACGACAGCGAUGAUGACAUCCGGAAGACAGCGAUGGGGACAUCCGGACGACAGCGAUGGUGACACCCGGACGACAGCGAUGGUAACAUCUGGACGACAGCGAUGGUGACAUCCGGACGACAGCGAUGGUGACAUCCGGACGACAGCAGCGGUGGCAUCCGGACGACAGCGAUGGGAACAUCCAGGCGCGGAGGGCGAGACACGCCGCUUGGAAAGGUUGUUUCUGCUGUUUAUUGUUUAGAACUGUAGACUGGGCCGUAACUGGCAAAACUGGGUGUUGCAAAAGAUGCCGACGAAGCCUUGUUGUCGCAUAGGUGCUUUGGUUGACUUAAUUGCUUACUUUUUAGUGGUGGGCGGUGUUCAACUGAGAGCGACGUAAAAAAAAACGGCGUAGAUUGAUGAGUAAGAUUACAGUUGAUAGCUACUGACUUGUACCCUACGGUGUAAUAAUCAUGAUUUUGUUUUAAAGCUGUUUUCAUGGCAAUAAAUAUGACAAUUUAGUCUUGUCUAUCACAGUACUUAAAUGUUGUGAUAGCGUACCA